AUGUCCGAGGCCGGUACAAUGUCCGGGGACAUCUUGUCGAAGAUGGGGGAGAUUAGCCAAAGCCCUCAGCCCAGCUUACCCAUAGAGCACCUUCUCCAGGAGAACGUUGUACUGAAAUCCAAACUUGCCUUAUCUGAGGACCAACGUGUGAUUGAAGACAUCAUGAGGGAUCAACUCCAGAGCUUCCUCGUUGCAGCCACAGAGGGACAAUCGCAAUGGAACGAUGGGCCGAAUACUACAAAUAUGGCAUCUUUUUCGGCAGCACUGAAAAAGUUAUACGGUGAAAAGGCGGAGCUGGAAGCCGAGUUGAAACGCACUCGGCUCGAGACCACCGAAAUGCUAAACGGCCGCAUCGAUGAACUGGAGCAAGACCGAAAGGUGCUGCAAAUUCGCCUGCAGAACUUUGAGAUGCAGAUCAAUGAUGGGCCCCCCCGUCCAUAUGUAGUGGAAUUAGAACAGCUUCGUGAGUCCGAAGCGUUGCUGCGUCAGCAACUGAAGUCUACACGGGAAGAAAAUAUCGCGAUACUGGAUAAGCUUAAGGAGAUCUUUGCAGAGGAAUUGGCGGUUUUUCCAACGCACAUAGCGAAGGCUGAGGCAGCCAAAGCUGCUCUGCAGGAAUCACACAAAGUGCAUGCGCGGUUGAAGGUGGAGAUUGAAGAGGAAAAAAAACGGUUCGAAAUUCUUCAUGAGCUACACGAAUCUAGGGUUGAGGAUGAACGUUAUUUCCAUUGUCAGGAAAUACUAACAUUGAGGGAAUUGCUCACUGCCGCCCUAGAGCGUGAGAACGUCUUGGUGAAGGAGAGGGCAGCAUUUCAAGCACAGAUUGCCGCAGGGGCCCAACGAGAAGCGGACGAAUCUAAGCCAAUGUACGAUAGUUUCGUCGUACAAGAAAGGGAUGAGGAAGAAUCCUUUGCAUCAAAGCGACAGCGGGUGGAGCCUGGUCAGCACUCACAGCCCAACGAAUCCAUUCGCAUGAAGUAUGUCCAUUUUUGGCAUGAUGGGCAUGCGCGCGUUGCUGCUCUGGAGCAGCGAGUUCGUGAGCUUGAAUCCACAGAAACGGCUGCGCGUGUUUUGCAGGGGCGCAUGGCGCAGUUUGAGCGUGACCGUACCAAUCUGACAGCGCAGCUGGUUAAUCUGGCCGAUGCCUUGAUUAAGGUGCGCGAGACCAAUCAUCAGCUCCGCGCGCAAUAUGUCGGACUGGAGGUAGAGCGGAAUCAGCUACUUGCGAGGCUAACCGAGGCACUUGAAGUGGCGAUGCAGCCUGAGGAGUUGGUGGUAUGCUCUAAUGCGAUUCGAGAAGCCGCAUCCCGUCAGUCCGCCGCGAGUGCGACCACGGUAGCUGAUCCUGAUGGGCUCCAACAAGCAAUGCGUCAAACGCGUGAACUGAAGAGCGAAAUUGUGCGAUUGCAGCGUCAAAAGGAAAAUUUACUUCGCUGUAUUACCCUGCGCGAAGAGCGCGUUUCGGCACUGCUUAAGCGCGAGGUGAUGCUGGUUGUAGAGGGGGACCCGUGCAACGCCAUCCAGACAAAGCACAAAACGACCCCUUGGCCAAAGCUUUUGGAGCUCGUGGAGCAAAGUGCCAAAGAUAUCUUUACGGCGAAUGAAGCAUACACAUCUGAGCCUCAUGACAAUUUGAAUUUGGCGUCAGAAACAAAAGGGAAGAGUCGCCACCACGGGUCCUUUCUGGCAAUCCAGCAAGAGCUCAAUGAAAGCCAGGUGAAGCUUCGUGACUCUUACCUCAAGCUACAGGAAAGCAAAGCCGAGUGUCAGCACCUGACCGCUGAUCUUGUGCGCGUCGAAGCAGAGAAAAGUGAACUCCUAGUAUCCAAAAAUGUUAUCUCAGAGACCUUACGGGCCUCGAACGUCGCAAUCGAAAGCCUUACGAAUCGCCUUGCAAGCCAGCAUGCGGAGAACAACUCGGUUUUUAUGCUUCAGCGGCAAACCCAGACAGCGUUUGCAUGUGUCUUUGAGCUGUAUCGAGCAGAGACCCAAUAUAUUGAAAAGCUAUGUACCCUUGUACGGCAAGAACGAGAGGAUAUUAUUGAGCUGGUACGUCGAGAAACCCAAGCCUGGCUACACGUCAACGAUGUGGCCACCCAUGAGCAUCCUGUGGGCAUAAAAUCUAUUGUCGACACACUCGAGCGCCUAAACAUAUCUGUGCAAGACGGCGUAACACAGGCUAUGUUUAAUAACAGUGCAGAGUCGACAAAAUGCCUGGCGAAGCUUGCAGAGUUUGUAAAGGAUCAGGAAAAGCGCCUCAAUUGUCUUCAAAAAGCGUACGCAGAGUCAACCACGCAACUAGCAACAUCUCUCACGGAGCGCAUUAUAAACGCGCGGAACGAAUGGGAAAGUCAGUGGCGUGACAAGCAUCGCUCCCUAGAGCGCGAAUACGCAAAAUUGUCCCUUAAUUCAUUUGCCACUCAGAAGAUGCAUGAAGCUUUAGAACAGUUGUCUGUAGAGAUGAAUCUAAAUGCAGACAUCCUUACAGUGAGUUCACCGUUUUUACAAGAAAUAGACACGGUAAACAGCAUAAGCACGGAAAGUGUAAGGCACGCCUUGAGCGCGAUAAGCGCCUUUUUGGAUACCCUGAGAAGCGGUGAAGUGGAUUUGCAUUAUCCCAACGAGUGGGCUUCUAGGAAUUUACCAGACGAAAACGCAUCCAGUAUGUUGAUUUUAAAUGAAACCAAGGACAUGCAUCAAUUUGAAAAGACUCCGUCACCCCCUGUAGAAAGCACAAUGGAUAUUGAAAAGAAAUCUGAUAAUGAACAAAGAGAGCACAUUUAA